ACUUUUAAUAUAAGUUCUAAUUUAGACUCAAGCACUGGGCCUAUUGCACAAUUGCGCUAGUAUCAUAAACGUGAAGCAAUGCGCUGAAAACACCUCCUCAGUUUGGGGCCCGCCCCGAUAAUACCCUGAAUAUAAUAACACUGUAGGAGGAAGCCAUGACGUCCAACACAGAAUUACGUGAACAGUACUUACAAAAAUGCAGCGACUUUGCGUGCCCUCCGAUUUUUCCAAUCUUAGAGGCGCUGGACGCGGGGCGAACGCUCGACGUCGUUGCCCUCGACGGCAACAGUAAAGAGCUCUUCAACAACCGCAUCAACCCCCUGCAGGUGUUUUCACUCUGCGAAUUCCUGUACGACUACAGCACCCUCACCGUACUGCGCUUGCAGUACAACUUCCUCAACAACAUGGCCGUACAGGCCAUUGCACGGCUCAUACAGUCCAACCGCAGUCUCCGCAUGCUGGACCUUACGGGCAACCAGGUGACGGAGGAGGGCGCGCAUGCGCUGGUGGGGGUGCUGUCGGCGCCGGACUGCGGACUGCAGGCGCUCGUGCUGCGCAACAACCCGCUGGGCGACUCGGGGGCGCUGGAGCUGGCUGACAUGCUGAGGGUGAACACGUCGCUCACGCUGCUCGACAUGGCGGACACGCACUGCGGCAUUCAGGGGCUCAUCGGCGUCGCGAACGCGCUCAUGGAGGCCAACAACACACUCAAGAUCCUGGACUUGGAGGAUGCGGUGCUGCAGGCCCCCCAGGACAGCACCUACCAGCACCUCUCCCGCAUGCUGGCCGCCUCGCCCUCCCUCACCGACCUCUCGCUGGCCAAGCACCGCAUGGUGGACAGCCAGCUGGAGCUGCUGGUGGCGCAGGGCUUCAGCAGGAGCAGGGGCGAGUGGAGCGGGCUGUCGCUGAGGGGGAACAGGCUGUCGCCGUUUGCGGGUCCCACCCUGGAGCGGCUGCUGUCCGGCUGCCCCCGGCUGCAGCGCCUCAACCUGUCGGCCAACGCGCUGGGCAACGAAGGCGCGGUCAGCCUGGCGCGCUGCCUGCCGCGCAGCUGUGCGGCGCUGCGGGAGCUGGACGUGCGGGGGAACGGCAUCGGGGACGUGGGGCUCAUUGCGCUGGCGGGGGCGCUGCCGCUGCUGCACACGCUGCAGCUGUUCCUGGUGUGGGGCAACCACAUGGGCCCCGGCGGGGCUCGUGCGCUGGCCGACGCGCUGCAGCAUCCGGCGCUGCGGCGGCUGCGGGCGGACGUGAAGCCGUACAUGGUGGAGGGGGAGGUGGCGAUGGCGCUGCAGGAGGUGUAGGGGGCAGGGCAGGAGGUGCCUUGAAGAGGCGUAGGAGGCGG